AUGUCGACGAGCGAAGAGCGCGACAGCAAGAAGGAGCGGCGGGGCGAGAAGGAGAAAGGAGAGCGGGGCGAGAAGGAGAAGUACGCGCCGCCGCACCGUCGGCGCAGCCGCAGCGCCAGCCGAGAGAAGAGCAAGAAGAAGAAGGAGCGCGGCCGCAGCCGCGAGCGCAAGAAGGAGAAGCGCGCACGCAAGGGCCGCAGCAGCAGCGGCAGCAGCCCGAGCCGGAGCCGCGAUAAGCGGCGCGGGCGGAAGGAGCGCGACGAGCGCAGCCGCAGCCGCGACCGCAGUCGCGACCGCAGCCGCCGCAAGGAGCGCGGAGACGGCGAAGAGCGCGGCGACAAGCGGCCGGCGAUCGCGAGCCGCGGCUUGCGACUCGACAAGCCUGGCGCGGUGAUCCUCUCGACCGUGCUGCCGCACGGAGGCAGCCAGCGGUACUCCUUCCUCGAGCUCCGCUCUGCCAUCGAGCGCGCCCUCUCCCUCAACCAGCAGCUGGUGAUGAGCGAGAGCCGGCUCGUCAUCCGGCGCGGCCAAGACUGGUACCGCCCCGACCGCCAAGACUACGAGGCGCGCCACAGCCCCCAGGAGGACCGGGGGGCGCUUCCCCCCGAGCUGGACGAGCUCUGCAUCCCGCCCGGCCUCCCGCCCAACGUGGACGGCCUCACCAUCCUCACCGCCGCCGGCGUCGACAUCAAGACCCUCCAGCGCGCCGGCGUCGAGCCAAGGCCGCGAGCCAAGGCUCGCCGACACCCUGCGCGAGGCGGCCAUCGCUGCCCAGUGCCCGGCAUCACGUCCCGCGAGGACGCGCUCAAGAGCACAAAGACGCAGCGCACCGUCUACGUCGGAGGCCUCCCCUCGCCGGCGACGUCGCUGCACGACACGUCGCUGCCCGGCGAGCCCAUCGUCGGGGUCGACAUCGCGUCGGGCGGCCACUUCGCCUUCCUCGAGUGCCGGACCAUCGCGGAGGCGCUCUCCUUCUCGGCGCUCAACGGCAUCGAGUUCCUCGGCCGCAGCAUCCGCCUCGGCCGGCCGCGAGGCUACACGUCGGUCGGCGAGCACCUCAAAGAUACGCUCCGCAUGUACAAGGUCCUCGGAAACACCACCAUCUCGCCCGACGGCGCCGAGCCGCCGGACUCGCACGAGGAGCGAGCCGACGGGUCGACGGAGCCGCAGCGGCCUCUGCUCACCGACGCGUCGGGCGGCAGCGCGCCGCCGCAGCGGCUGCUGUCCGAGGUGGCGGGGCUGACGGAGCCCGCCAUACCGCCCGGUGCGACGGAGGCGCUCGCUCUGAACCACAUGGUCAAGGAGGGCGACCUGGAGGACGCCGACAUCAUGGGAGAUAUUCUCGAGGACGCACACGCGGAGUGCCAGAAGCACGGGCAGGUCCACGUGAUUCUCUGUCCGAAGCCAGGUGCCGCGGCCUCCGACGAGGCUCUCGAUGCGAUGAUUCAGCGCCGCCUCUUUGUGCUGUUUGGCAGUGUCCAGGCGGCCGUGGCGUGCCAGCGGGAGCUGCACGGCAAGGUGUUCGAGGAGGAUCCUAUCGACGCCACUUAUGUUCCAGCGGAGCUGCUGCAGGCGCUCCAGGCGCUGCCCAGCUUCGACGGCCCGACUUCCGCGGCCGAUGCGCCAGGCGCGGAUGCGCCGUGAGGAAGGGCGGAGGCUAGCUCUCCGGGCGGCAAUGCAACUUUCUCUGCAGGCUGAGCCGAUCGCGUGCACGGCAGAGGCUGCUCGGAGGCUGCUCGAGGCUAGGCGUGCGCUGGCUGCUGCUGCUUCCCGCUCGAUCACCUCCUUUGCUCCGCUUGCGCGCGCUCGCUUCGUCUUCCGCCUCUAGGCUCUGCAGCAGCAGCUCUGGCCGAGGAGCUUGCCGCCAUUGCUUGGCGCAGGCGAGGUUUUUACCAUGGAGGUCGCAUUGGAUAUGUUGGGUGAGCGAUGCGGAUUUCACCGCAGGCCGGGCACGGUGUACCGUGUACGACAGCAUUCGGUGUGUAGGAGAUGUGUUGUGUUUUUCAACGACGUUUGGGUUCCGCACUUUACAGAUGACACACAUACAUAUAC